CCGAACUCCUAAAUCUAUUGCUAACUCCAGCUGAGUAUCUGAAUCUCUACCUCUUCACAGAUGACCCUCCAUCUUCUAACUCAAACAUUUCAUCAAACACCAGCCGCGCAACCCCCAUCUCCGACAUCAUGGACAUCACGCCGAUUCUCUCCAACAGAAUGCAGAAAAUCUGGAACGCGGUGGAGCUCCGCCUCCUGGUCCUCCUCAGCCUCUUCUUCCAAUUCGUCCUCAUCUUCACCGGAAACAGACGAAAAUACACCCGAAACAAAUUGGUUUCCCCAACCCUCUGGUUCUGCUACCUCGCCGCCGACUCCGUCGCCACCCUCGCCCUCGGCGUCCUCUCCCAAGCCGAGGGCGAUUCGGAGAAGAACUCCGUCGACGCAAAGCACACAAUCACCGUGUUCUGGGCGCCUUUCCUCCUGAUGCACCUCGGCGGGCCCGACACCAUCACCGCCUACGCCCUGGCCGACAACGAGCUCUGGUCUCGCCACCUUCUCAGCCUCGUCAGCCAAGUCGGCGUCUCCGUCUACGUCUACGUCCGCUCUUUCACGCGCGUGUCGUUGAAUUUCCUCUGGCUCGUCAUCUUCUUCGCCGGAGUUGUCAAGUACGGCGAAAGGAGUCUGGUUCUCUACAACGCCAGUAAAAACCGGUACCGUGACUCGCUGAUUUCUCGGCCGGAUCCGGGGCCCAACUACGCGAAAUUUGUGGACGAGGCGACUUCUAGAGAGGAAGAGGGAUACAGAGUCGAACUUGGGAAUUUAGUCCCCGGCGUCCCGUCAUCCACUCAUGAGGCUCAUGAAGACGUCGAUUGCGACGUCUUGGCGAAGGCCAAUGAAUUUUUCGGAACAUUCAAGAAGCUCUUCGCGGACUUGAUUCUGAGCUUCCAAGACCGCGAAGAGAGCGUUUCUUACUUCACGAAUUUGAGUAGUAAACAAGCCUUCGACAUAGUUGAGAUUGAGCUUGGGUUGGUGUACGACUUGUUCUAUACUAAGUCGCCUCUGGUCUUCUCGAAGAGAGGCUGCUUUCUCCGCGUAUUCAGCUGCUCGUCCACCAUUGCUACAUUCGUCAUCUUCCUCUUCCUCAAAAACAGUUACCCAAAAACAGAGGUGAUCAUCACUUUUGUCUUGCUGGUGGGUGCUAUUUUUCUGGAGAUGUAUGCCAUUCUGGUGCUUUUUUGUUUCGGACAAAAUGAUGAUUUUGUCGGGAUCAGACCUGACAACAAGGCCGGAAGGGAAACUACCCGGAUUCAUAUCACUGCUCUACCGCUUUCGUUUGGUUCCGGCAAGAGAGAGAUGGUCGAAUUUGGUGGGACAAUACAACAUUAUUAGCCAUU